AUGGACGUGCUGGUGAUGCGUGUGCUUGGCUGGCUCGGGGUGCUGGUGCUGCUGGGCACCCUGGUGCUGUGCCGCGGCCUCCGCCGCCCCCCGCACCAUCCCCACGGCCCCUGCUACCGGGUGGGCGAGCUGGGGGAAGGCGAAGCCCCCCCGCACCUGUUGGGCCGGAGUCUGCGCUGGGACCACCACGGGUCGGUGCAGCUGGUGGGGCAGCUGGAGCGGUUGCAGGGGGACAGCAGCGGCCACCGCCACCGCCGGCAGCGCGACAGCGCCUGCCCCGCGCUGCAGCUCCGCCUCGGGCUCCACAGCGAGCACAACGAGCGCUCCAUCUCCCCGUGGCGCUACCGCAUCGACGAGGACGAGGACAGGUACCCACGCAAGUUGGCGUUUGCCGAGUGUCUCUGCAGCGGCUGCGUGGACGUCAAGACGGGGCGGGAAACGACGUCCCUGAACUCGGUGCCCAUUCACCAGUCCAUGCUGGUGCUGCGCCGCAAGCCCUGCCCCCGCCCCGCCGGCGCCGGCCUCGUCACCUUCGAGGUGGACUACAUCAGGGUGCCGGUGGGCUGCACCUGCGUCCUGCCCCGCACCGGGCACUGA